AUGCUCUCUUCAGUUACGCGCCGGCUCUCCAUGCAGGCAGUCCGUCCCACUGCUGCGCUCGUCCCAGCAGGUCUCCGCUUCCACUGCCAGGUGCCGUGCGGAAUCUUCACUGAUGAGCUGCGUGUGCAAGCAAUGAUGGAGGAUGCCUCCACGAUCCGUAAGGCCGUGGUGCAGGCUCAGGAGCUUCAUAAGGCCGGAGCCCUGCAGGACAUCCACCAGAUGGUUCGUUGGAUUGCCACGAAGGAGGACCAUGCCCAAAAGAUCAUGACCACCACUGCCGACUACUUCCUUGCCCAGAAGGUGAAAAAGGCAGAUCUGAGUGAAGAUGACUACCUCAAGAGACUGGCUCUGCACCAUGAUGUCAUGGUGGCCGCCAUGAAAGCGAAGCAGUCCUCGGAGCUGGGACCCGUGGACACUUUGGACAAAGCUAUCGAGGCGUUGGCCCCGAUCUACAAGAAGUGA